AUGGAAGCUUCGAGCCCGAGUAAAUAUGCCUCAACGACGACGGACUUGACCCCCUUGGAGGCGUCGCGGCAAAAGGAGGAGGAGGCCGACUUGCGCAUUGCCGCCCGCGACCUGGACGGAGCGCUGCAGUGCCUCACCAAGGCCAUCUUCCUGCGUCCCGAGCACGCGCAGCUGUACGCCAAGCGCGCGCAAGUGUACUGGGAGCUCUGCGAUGUCAAGUCGGCGAUUGCAAACUACCGGAAGCUAUUCGCGGUUGACCCGGACCCGCCGCAGCGCAUCAAGGACCAGCUUGCGGCAUUGCUUGACCUCCACGCUUACUCGCUGCUGUCCCUGGGGGAAUCCCCAAACAUUGUGCUGGGCUAUCUCCAUGAGGCCAUUCAGCUCAACGCACUCGACGAAGUUUACUGGCUGCACCGAGCGAUAGCGAACAUUGAGGCUGGUUGCUUCGAGAAGGCAGUUCAGGACGUGGACCACUGCAUCUGCCUCAAUAGCCGCGACGUCGAGUACUUCGUGCUUCGAGCCAAGCUCCACUGGCGACUGCACAUGCAGGAGAAAGCCACCGCAGAUAUCCACAGGGCGGCUGUUCUGCAGCCUGACCACCCGGAGGUGCUUGGACACGAACAGCGGCUGCUCAAGGAGUCCCAGGCGAUCUACGAGCAGGCCCGCACGCAGCUGAUGGCUCAUCAGUUCCAAGAAGCCAUCCAGAACCUCUCCAGAGCCACAGAAAUCACGCCCGAGGAGACUAAGCUCUAUUUGCUGCGUGCAUCAGCGUAUCGGGAGCUGGGAGAGUAUCACAUGGCACUGCGAGACACGGAGAAGGCUCUGACUUGCCACCGUCACAAAAGAUAUAUCCCGCACAACCAGCACCAAUCUUCCCAUGAAAGCCACCACCAGCAACCAGGUCAUGUUCCAGCACUGCGCCUUAACCAGGCGCGGGACACGUCACCUCAGUACCGGGACAUUAUCAAACAGCGCAGCCUCAUCUUGAACGACAUAGGGAUCCGCUUUCUGCGCCAAAAAUCGUACCAGCUCGCAGUAAACGCCAUGAACCAAGCCAUUCGGGGACAAAUGGAGCUGGCCGAGCUCUUCCGCGAGCAAUUCGCCAGUCCGCAAUACUUUCUUAAUCGAGGUGACGCGUAUCGGGGGCUCGGCAACUUCCAAGCGGUGCGUGAUGCUCUGGCAGAUUACCACCACGCGUUGGAGCUGCUUCCCGGAGACCAAAACAUUCAAUCACGAGUUGCACUCGUGCACUACCAGUUCGGCGUGGAGCUGUUCAACCGAGCCUUGUUCGACAAGGCGGAGCUGGAGUUCGGACAUGCCAUCGAGCAGGACCCCAACGUUCCGUCGUACUACGUGCGAAGAGGAGACGCUGCGCGAUAUCUCGAGAAACGCCAGGCCGCAUGCGCUGACUAUCAGCUAGCGCUGCGACUCAACCCGAACGAUGCAGAGACCCUCACGAAACUCCAGCAGUAUAAUCAACGACGCUUACAGCAGCUACAAGCCAGCGUUGAUGACGCCCGACAAUCCUUCAAAAAGACGAAUCAGCGUGUGCAUGAUCUCUUCAACAAUCGGCCUGUAGUGCCUCCUCCCAGCAUGAACAUACUCAAGUAA